AUGGAUCCACAAAACAACCAAUCUCCGUGUUUGCACCCACAAGAACUUCGGCAAGUACUUGUGCUCCAACCGCCAUACAUAUUCAAAAUCCACGAACACUUGUUCACGGACAGAUUUCAAGUCCUCAAAGAAUACGAAUCACCAUUACCUACCCGCGACUUCCUCCACGCCCAUGCGCAGUUUGUGAAAGUCGUCCUAUGCUCUGGCACGGGUCCAAUCACAGCUGAAGUGAUACGUGACCUUCUGGCUCUCAAACUUGUUGUCACUGAUGCAACUGGCGUCAAUCACAUCGACAUGGCUGAAUGUGGUCGUCGAGGUAUUACAAUCACUAACGCUGGAGAUGUGUAUUCCGAUGAUAUAGCUGACGCCGCGGUGGGACUGUUGAUCGACGUCAUGAGGAGAAUUACAAGCGGUGAAAGGUUUGUUCGCGAUGGUUGUUGGACAACUUCUAGGGUGUAUCCUCUAGGUGCUAAGUUUAUGGAUUUGGGGGUUUUAGUUUGUGGAUUUGGGGGUUUCGAUUUGGGGGGUUUUAUUCGAUUUGGUGGCGGAGCAGGGGUGGGAGGUGGUGGCGGAGUGGAGGUGGGCGGCGGAGGUGAAGGUGGUGGCAGGGGAGGUGGUGUCUGGAGGGAGAAGAGGAGAAGCUCCGCCACUGUCCUCCGACUCGCUUUUGACAGUGAUGCUCUCGUGCUUUGUUGUGCGUUAACCAACAACACACGCCACAUGAUCGAUAACAAAGUCAUGAAAGCCUUAGGAAAAAAAGGUAUUAUCGUGAAUGUUGCCCGUGGAGCCCUCAUUGAUGAGGUGGAGUUAUUGAAGUGUUUGGUGGAAGGUGAAAUUGGUGGUGUUGGUCCGGAUGUUUUUGAAACUAUUUGGUCAUUAAUCUGGCUAUGCUAA